AUGACGGAAGACGAGCUCGACAAGCUUCUCAAGCAAGAAGAGUCCGCCUUCUCUAAGGAGCUUGAGGUAGAGCGCAUCUUGAAAGCGUUCAAGCUCAAUCCGUAUGAUAUCCUUGAUAUAGACUAUACUGCCACCGCUGGGGAUAUCAAGAAACGCUACCGCCAGUUAUCUCUCUUCAUCCACCCGGACAAGACCCCCCAUCCGCGUGCGCCAGACGCCUUUGACCUGCUUAAGAAAGCCGAGUCUGACCUGUCCAACGGAGAGAAACGUGAAGAGCUAGACGCGGUGAUCAGUGCCGCGCGAGUGCAGGUGCUGAAGCAGCACUCUUUGCCUACUAGUAUCACCGAUUUCGACGAUGAGAGGAUCAAGGAGAAGGGACUCAAGUUUAGGGACUUGGUCAGGGCGAAGAGUAAGGAGUUGCUUGUUGAGGAGGAGUUGAGAAGGCGGAGAGCGGUCAAGAUGAACCUCGCUAAUGAGGGACUGGAGGCUAAGAAGAAAGAGGAAGAGAUCGCGACGAAGAAGCGCAAGGCAGAUGAUGAUGUUAAGUGGGAACAGAACAGAGAACACCGGGUGGACAGUUGGCGUGCUUUCCAGCAGGGACCGAAGAAGAAAAAGAAGAAGACGAAUGUGCUUGGUUGA